CUCUCUGUCGGUGACAUGAUUUCCUUGCGUACGCACGUGUUGUAAACAAGCGUAUGUGUGCAAAAGCAUGGACAUUUCAGCCAAGUGGAAUAAUUUGCCUACAUGUCCAAGUUUGAAAAAUCUGACCGACGGAAAAUUUGGCCUGCUAAAGGACACACAACAUGCCGCUGUUCAGGAUUUGACUAAAGCUCAUAUCGAGUCGUUUGACCAGGCUGUCACCUAUGGACUUAGCAGCGUUGUUCAGGCCAUUCCUCCCUUGGAGUUCAUGUUCAAAAAUGAAAAGAUCAGCCUUGCUUUUGUGGACGCCUCCAUCCACAACCCGGUGGCUGCCAAGGGGAGCAUCUGCAGGGAGAUGAAGGUGUUUCCAGCAGAGUGUCGGGGAAGAAGAUGUUCAUAUAAAGGGAAGUUGGUGGCAGACAUCAGCUGGUCGAUCAAUGGCGUUCCCAAAGGCACAGUCAAGCAGUCCCUGGGUCAAGUGCCAAUUAUGGUGAAGUCCAAGCUAUGUAACUUGUAUGGCAUGUCUCCUAAAGAGCUCGUAAAACAUCACGAAGAAGCAGAGGAGAUGGGAGGUUAUUUCAUUGUCAAUGGAAUUGAGAAAGUUAUCCGUAUGCUGAUCAUGCCCAGGAGAAACUACCCCAUCGCCAUGUCAAGACCUAAGUGGAAGAGCAGGGGACAGGGAUACACUCAGUAUGGUAUUAGUAUGCGUUGCGUGAGGGAAGAGCACACUGCUGUCAACAUGAACCUGCAUUAUCUGGAGAAUGGGACUGUGAUGUUGAACUUUAUCUACCAGAAAGAGCUCUUCUUCCUUCCACUAGGCUUUGCACUAAAGGCCUUGGUGGACUUUACAGACUACCAGAUCCACCAGGAGCUGAUUAAAGGCCUGCAGGACAAUGCUUUCUACAAGGCCUGUGCAGCAGAGAUGCUGCGUAUUGUCAUGGAGGAGGGCUGCACAACUCGCAGCAGGGUGCUCAGUUACCUCGGAGAGCGCUUCAGGGUUAAGCUGAACCUACCAGAGUGGUACACAAAUGAACAGUGUGCCAACUUCCUGUUAAAGGAGUGCAUUUGCGUCCACCUGAAGUCCGACACGGAAAAAUUCUACCUGCUGUGUCUAAUGACCCGGAAGCUCUUCACGUAUGCCAAGCAGGAGUGCAUGGAGGAAAACCCAGACAGCAUUAUGUGUCAGGAAGUGCUCACUCCUGGUCAGCUCUACCUCAUGUUUAUGAAGGAAAAGCUGACUGGAUGGUUGGUGUCUGUGAAGCUGUCCUUUGACAAACGAGGACAUAAAUUUUCAGGAGACUGGAACACCGAAAAAAUUAUGAAGAUGUUAGACAUGGGCUCUGAUGUGACCAAACCUUUUGAAUAUCUGCUGGCUACUGGAAACCUUCACUCCAAGACAGGUCUCGGCAUGUUGCAGAACACAGGCUUGUGCGUCGUAGCUGACAAGCUCAACUUCAUCCGUUACCUGUCCCACUUCCGCUGUGUGCACAGAGGAGCUGCAUUUGCCAAGAUGAGGACCACCUCCGUUCGAAAGCUGCUGCCUGAAUCCUGGGGCUUCUUGUGUCCCGUCCACACUCCCGACGGAGAGCCUUGUGGACUCAUGAACCACAUGACAGCCAUUUGUGAAAUUGUGGCACAAACCUCCCUCACUACAUCUCUACCUGCGCUGCUCUGUUCCCUCGGCAUGACUCCAGUGGAUGGGUCCCUAGGUCAGGCCUUUUCAGACUACUAUCCUGUGGUCCUGGAUGGGGCUGUUCUAGGAUGGGUGGAGACUGGCUUGGCUCCAGCUGUAGCUGACUCACUGCGCAGGUUCAAGGUGUUAAAAGAGAAGAAGAUCCCUUCCUGGACAGAGAUUGUCCUGGUUCCUAAAACAGGAAAGGCCAGCUUAUAUCCAGGCCUGUACCUCUUCACAACACCUUGCCGCAUGAUGCGGCCUGUACAAAAUGUAGCUUUUGGCAAGCAAGAGUUGAUCGGCACCUUUGAACAGCUGUACCUCAAUGUGGGGAUCCUGGAGCAUGAGAUUGAAGCAGGCAUUACCACACACCAGGAGCUGUUCCCUCACAGUAUGCUCAGUGUGGUGGCCAACUUCAUCCCUUAUUCAGACCACAACCAGAGUCCAAGAAACAUGUACCAGUGUCAGAUGGGUAAGCAGACUAUGGGUUUCCCUCUGCACUCAUUUAUGGAUCGCUCUGAUAACAAGCUGUACCGGCUCCAGACCCCACAGAGCCCACUGGUCAGGCCCUACAUGUACGACUACUACAACCUGGACAAUUAUCCCAGCGGUACAAAUGCUGUUGUGGCCGUCAUAUCCUACACAGGCUACGACAUGGAGGAUGCCAUGAUUGUGAACAAGUCCUCAUGGGAGAGAGGCUUUGCUCAUGGGAGCAUCUACAAGACAGAGUUAGUGGAUCUGCAAGAGAAGGUGAGAGGAGACGAUAGCGUGGUGUUUGGGACCAAGUCUGGAGACCCAAAAAUAAAUGAUAAACUGGAUGCUGAUGGACUGCCUCAUAUUGGAUCCACUCUUCAGUACGGAGACCCCUACUACUGCUACAUCAGCCUCAACACAGGCCAAACCUUUGUCACCUAUUACAAGAACCAGGAGGCCUGUGUUGUUGACAACAUAAAGAUCUGCAGCAACGACACCGGUACAGGUCGUUUUAAACGUAUCUGUAUCACCAUGCGAGUACCACGAAACCCUACAAUUGGGGACAAGUUUGCCAGCCGCCACGGUCAGAAGGGCAUUCUGAGUCGCCUGUGGCCAGCGGAGGACAUGCCGUUCACAGAGAGUGGAAUGACUCCAGACAUCCUGUUCAACCCCCAUGGCUUUCCCUCUCGCAUGACAAUCGGGAUGCUCAUCGAGAGCAUGGCUGGUAAGGCGGGCGCCCUGCACGGCCUGAGCCACGACGCUACACCCUUCACCUUCUCUGAGGAGAACUCUGCGCUUGAGUACUUUGGGGAACUGCUUCGGGCAGGUGGCUACAACUACUACGGCACAGAGCGGCUCUACAGUGGCCUGAGUGGUCAGGAGCUAGAGGCGGACAUCUUCAUUGGCGUCGUCUACUACCAGAGACUACGUCACAUGGUCUCUGACAAAUUUCAAGUGAGGACCACAGGAGCACGGGACAAGGUGACAAACCAGCCUGUCGGAGGAAGGAACAUCCAGGGAGGCAUCCGCUUUGGGGAGAUGGAGCGUGAUGCCCUGCUGGCCCACGGCUCUUCGUUCUUGCUGCAUGAUCGCCUCUUUAACUGCUCGGACCGCUCAGUGGCUCAGGUGUGCGUUGACUGCGGCAGCCUACUCUCCCCACUGUUGGAGAAACCUCCACCCUAUUGGUCGGCCAUGCGCCACCGAAAAAUUGUCUGCACCCUUUGUGGCAAGAGUGACUCCAUUGACUCGGUGUCCAUUCCUUAUGUUUUCCGCUACUUUGUAGCUGAGCUCGCGGCCAUGAACAUCAAAGUGAAAUUAGAAGUAAAGUGAAGUUUGCAGGAUAAGAAAAGACGUGUCUGGUGUAAGAGUAGCAUCAAGUUUCUCUUUAUGCUAUUGUAUAAAUGAAUCCUUUUGGAGCUGGUAGUUUUUCUGCUUAACAAAAAUCAAUGUUUAGAGCACUGAUCAAAGUACAAUAAAUUUAAUUCUUGUUUUUUAAACCUUCAAGUAAAGUACAAGCUCAGUGCUUAAAAGCAUAUUACAGUAUUUUAAAAAAAAUGGAAUUAUAUUAAGUAUAAUCUGUUUGAUUUGUCAAAAUAAACAUUUAUUAUCUUUAUUUUCUUUGAAUUUGUUGGAAACAUGGAAUUAAUGAGGUGACAGAAGAAAUUUGGGCAGAAUUUGGAAAAGACUACUGUGGUGCAGUGAGAAUCCAAAUAGUGACAGUAAGCUGCUGAGUGGGUUUGCAUUACUGAAAUUGAAGAUGUUUAAUAUUCUACAAAAACUUCUUUAGCUGCAUCAUCUAAACUAAGUAAUCUCAUCACAUGCAGACUAUAUAUUUCUAUGUUGAUAUAAAAUCACAAUCAAAAUUCAUAAUUAAAUAAAGCAUCAAAGUGAAACUUGUCACAGACUCAUCCCUCUUCAGGUUUAUCCACAUGAACUGGAUAAUCAAUCAUCUCAAAGUUGCCACAGCAUGGAUCUUUGUGGAUAAAAGGAAGCACUGAAUGUCAUUUUUAGAGACUUUGAACAACUCAUGUCACGACUGCUGCCCGGAUACUUCCUGAUCAUUUUAUCUGGUAAGAAGGCUCCUCACUCGGUCCUCGACCGAACCGAGCAUCCUACCU